AUGUUUCAUUUAGUAUUUAACUUAAUCGUUUUCUUUUAGGUUUAUGGUUAAACCACUCUUAAAUUGGAAGGUCCUUUACCGCUGAAUAUUGAUUGUAAAAUCUCAAGUCCAAGUAAGUAUAUUUAAGAACUUUAUAAGUUUCGAAUGGAUUUGUUGGAAAUCAAUACUUUUAUAAUUAUCUAUCGGGAAAUGGAACCCUUUUAUCUUUGGAUAAGAUUACAUUUCAUAUGUGGAUGUAAUUUCAUUCAGAAGUGAAAUUUGAUGGAAGAUAAAUUAUAUUUUGUUUUUUUGAUGGAAAUCAAUCUGUAUGAAUUUUUAUAUAUUUAGAAUAUAAAUGUGAUGCUUUAUUAUAAAAUAGAAAAUGAUGCCACAUAUUUGUAUUUUGAAAACAAAGUGUUAAAAUCCAAUUCUAUCAUAAUUAGACAAUAUAUAAAUAGGUAAAUAUCAUUUUACUUAAUUAGAUAACUCAAAAUAUGGAAUCAUUUAUUAAUUUCAAUAGAUAAAAGUACCGAUAAUACAUUUAUUAAUCUUAAAUUUUUUACUGCUACUGAUAAUCCUUAAUUUUCUCAAUUUACUGAAACGUUAGUAAAUUAAAAGUAUAUAUUCUCUUAAAUUUCAGGAUACUUUAUCAAUUUGGUGGCCGCUCAAGAAUUACAAAUGAAAAAAUUACGGAAAAAGAUAUCAAGGCUUGCAUAAAUAUUGCAAAUUUUUAUUAUAUUAAUGGGUGGGCAACUAUGGAUACAGAGUUCUAUGUUGAUUAUGAUUUGCCACUUAAAUUUGGAUUAAAACCAUAUUCAUAGAAUGGAAUAAUUGUAAGUAAUAUAUUUUCUGACAUUGUUUUGAGAAAGUAGACAGAAUAUAUUGAAUAUAGUGGGAGUAUUGGGAUAAAUUUGUAUAAAAAUACAUAAAUAGUUUAUAAUUUUAUUGAAUAAUUGCCAACUUUAACAAUAAUUUUUUGGGUGAAACCUUAAAAUAUCCUAUCUUCAUUUUAAUUUUUAUCAUUUACAGAUGAUGUAUUAUAAGAAACAAGUAUAGGUUUUGGAGUUAAUAAGUUUUAUAAUCUUCUGUUUUAUUAAAUUUAUAAUAAAACCCCNUUAUCAUAUCUUAGAUUUUAUGACUUAUUUAUUAAUGAUUAUUAUUGUUAUAAAUAUAUAAUAAAUAUAAAAUUUAAUAACCAAACAACCUUUUUAUAAAACGUAAAGUCCAAGGUUUAAUACUAAUAUUCACUCAAACUAGCAUCAAUGCAAUUUAAUUUGAUUCAUUCAAGGUAUUGGUUAACUUUUCAAUUAUUUUCCUUUAGAGGUUUGGUGCUAUUUUUCCACAAAAGAUCAAUUUUUUUUUCAUUAUUAAAUGUUUCAUUUAGUAUUUAACUUAAUCGUUUUCUUUUAGGUUUAUGGUUAAACCACUCUUAAAUUGGAAGGUCCUUUACCGCUGAAUAUUGAUUGUAAAAUCUCAAGUCCAAGUAAGUAUAUUUAAGAACUUUAUAAGUUUCGAAUGGAUUUGUUGGAAAUCAAUACUUUUAUAAUUAUCUAUCGGGAAAUGGAACCCUUUUAUCUUUGGAUAAGAUUACAUUUCAUAUGUGGAUGUAAUUUCAUUCAGAAGUGAAAUUUGAUGGAAGAUAAAUUAUAUUUUGUUUUUUUGAUGGAAAUCAAUCUGUAUGAAUUUUUAUAUAUUUAGAAUAUAAAUGUGAUGCUUUAUUAUAAAAUAGAAAAUGAUGCCACAUAUUUGUAUUUUGAAAACAAAGUGUUAAAAUCCAAUUCUAUCAUAAUUAGACAAUAUAUAAAUAGGUAAAUAUCAUUUUACUUAAUUAGAUAACUCAAAAUAUGGAAUCAUUUAUUAAUUUCAAUAGAUAAAAGUACCGAUAAUACAUUUAUUAAUCUUAAAUUUUUUACUGCUACUGAUAAUCCUUAAUUUUCUCAAUUUACUGAAACGUUAGUAAAUUAAAAGUAUAUAUUCUCUUAAAUUUCAGGAUACUUUAUCAAUUUGGUGGCCGCUCAAGAAUUACAAAUGAAAAAAUUACGGAAAAAGAUAUCAAGGCUUGCAUAAAUAUUGCAAAUUUUUAUUAUAUUAAUGGGUGGGCAACUAUGGAUACAGAGUUCUAUGUUGAUUAUGAUUUGCCACUUAAAUUUGGAUUAAAACCAUAUUCAUAGAAUGGAAUAAUUGUAAGUAAUAUAUUUUCUGACAUUGUUUUGAGAAAGUAGACAGAAUAUAUUGAAUAUAGUGGGAGUAUUGGGAUAAAUUUGUAUAAAAAUACAUAAAUAGUUUAUAAUUUUAUUGAAUAAUUGCCAACUUUAACAAUAAUUUUUUGGGUGAAACCUUAAAAUAUCCUAUCUUCAUUUUAAUUUUUAUCAUUUACAGAUGAUGUAUUAUAAGAAACAAGUAUAGGUUUUGGAGUUAAUAAGUUUUAUAAUCUUCUGUUUUAUUAAAUUUAUAAUAAAACCCCAGUCUGUAAUUUAACUUAGAAUAUAUGGAAUCAUGUUACAAUUGGAAUUUUGGAUAUUAGUUUUGAUGAUGAUUUUGAAUAACUAAAUUAAAGGAAAUUAAUGAGAAUUUUUAUCGAUAAUGUUUAAAGUAACUUAACUGUUAUAACAAACAUUAAGCCAUAUAAAAGAUUAGUUUUAGGACCUGUAUUUAUGGAUGAUAAAGGAUCAGAAAUAAUUGAUAUUUAAGAUAUCAAAAUUUUUAAAGGAUUUGGAAUCAGAUAAACUUUAAAUCAUGAUUGUUUGAUAUUUGUAGGCGAUUAUUGUGCAUUUUGUAAAUCAGGCACUCAUUAUUGUAAAGAAUAAGAUCCUAAUGAUGAUACAAAAGUCUAUCCUUGUCCAGCAGGAUAUAAAGAAUAAUAAAAUAGCUGCUCCAAAAUAAUCAUUCCAAAUUGUCUCAGAUUGUCAUCAUCUUCAUUAUCAUGUGAUAUUUGUGAAUAAAAUUAUGCAUUAAUGAAUGGUUAAUGCAUAUAAAACAGUGUAAUUUUAUCUUCUCCAUUCAAAUGUUCUGAUUAAAAUGCUUAAUUUUGCUCAUUCAACUAAACUUUAAAUGUUCUAAGCAAUACUUAAAUAGAAAAAUAAAUAAGCAAAUAAAUAAGUAAAUUAUGUACUAAUAAUUUAUUUUCUUCUUCUCAAUUAAAAUGCACUGGAGUAGCAGUGCCUUCAUGCUUAAAAUCGUAAUUCAGAAGUUAAUGUGCUUAAUGCAACAAUAAUAAUGUAUUAACUGAAUUAAAAGAUUGUAAAUCUACUUGCUCAACUAACUUACGAUUUAUAGCAUCAAAUAAAAUUUGUGUAAGUAAGUGUAAAAGAUAUUUAUUCAAUCUUACUUUUCCAAGUGGUAAAUAGAAUACAAAUUAUUACUGUAAUCCAGCAAUAAAUUGUACAAUUACUGAACUUGAUAUUGGCUAUUACUGUUUGACAAAAGAAUAAUUUUAAACUCCUUAAACAGUUACUUACUUAAAAGUAAACACUCUUACAACUACAAAAUGCCAUAGUAAAUGUUAUUAUUGCUUUGGACCUCAAGAAUCAAAUUGUUUGAAAUGCUUUUAAAAUUUUUAUUAUAACCCUUAUAUGACAUCUUGUAUUCCAGAUUGCUCUAUAACUUAAAAUAAUAAAUUCAAUUUUAAUAACAAAUAUAAUUGGACUUGUGAAUUAGAAUGUCCAACUUGGUUAUAUACAGAGAAUAAAAAUUGUGUUAAAGAAUGCAGCGUUGGAUAUAAAUUAUUUUAGAACUAAUGUCUUAACGCAAAUUUAAUUGAUACAUAUGAAGUAGUAUAAGAAAUUCCUGACGAAGUAUCACCCAAAUCAAUUGUUUUACUUUAAUAUUGUCCCUAAUUUUGUAAAUCAUGUACUAGCGAUAAAUUUUGUACUAGUUGUUUAUAUCAGUAUCCAAUGGAUUAGAAUAUGUGUGUUAAGUCAUGUUAUCCUCAAUACUUAGAAAUAAUAGAUAAUGUUAGUUCCUGUAGAACAUCUUGUGAUCCUCAAGAUUUAAUUUAUGAGAAUAACAAUAUUAAUGGAUAUCAGAUUAAUUAAUGCUUUAAGGAGAAAUGUGGUACUAUAAGAGCCAAUAAAGAUUAUUAAACUUUUCUGCAUCAAACUGAUACUCAUCGAUGUAUGUAUCCAUGUGAGGAUGGAUAUUAUGGUAAUACCUUACUCUUAUAAUGUUUACCAUGUAGCCAUACUUGUGCUACUUGUGAAUAAAGUGCUAUCUUCUGCACUUCUUGCCCUUACUUUAAAUUUUUAGAUUAAAAUAAUUGCUAUGACUCUUGCUAAGGUAAGUUUUAAAAUUAUUUGGACUUUGUAUGUGAAGGAUCAUGUUCAUCAGGAUAUUAAGUGAUAGAUCAAUCAUUAAGUAUANGAAAGUAGACAGAAUAUAUUGAAUAUAGUGGGAGUAUUGGGAUAAAUUUGUAUAAAAAUACAUAAAUAGUUUAUAAUUUUAUUGAAUAAUUGCCAACUUUAACAAUAAUUUUUUGGGUGAAACCUUAAAAUAUCCUAUCUUCAUUUUAAUUUUUAUCAUUUACAGAUGAUGUAUUAUAAGAAACAAGUAUAGGUUUUGGAGUUAAUAAGUUUUAUAAUCUUCUGUUUUAUUAAAUUUAUAAUAAAACCCCAGUCUGUAAUUUAACUUAGAAUAUAUGGAAUCAUGUUACAAUUGGAAUUUUGGAUAUUAGUUUUGAUGAUGAUUUUGAAUAACUAAAUUAAAGGAAAUUAAUGAGAAUUUUUAUCGAUAAUGUUUAAAGUAACUUAACUGUUAUAACAAACAUUAAGCCAUAUAAAAGAUUAGUUUUAGGACCUGUAUUUAUGGAUGAUAAAGGAUCAGAAAUAAUUGAUAUUUAAGAUAUCAAAAUUUUUAAAGGAUUUGGAAUCAGAUAAACUUUAAAUCAUGAUUGUUUGAUAUUUGUAGGCGAUUAUUGUGCAUUUUGUAAAUCAGGCACUCAUUAUUGUAAAGAAUAAGAUCCUAAUGAUGAUACAAAAGUCUAUCCUUGUCCAGCAGGAUAUAAAGAAUAAUAAAAUAGCUGCUCCAAAAUAAUCAUUCCAAAUUGUCUCAGAUUGUCAUCAUCUUCAUUAUCAUGUGAUAUUUGUGAAUAAAAUUAUGCAUUAAUGAAUGGUUAAUGCAUAUAAAACAGUGUAAUUUUAUCUUCUCCAUUCAAAUGUUCUGAUUAAAAUGCACAAUUUUGCUCAUUCAACUAAACUUUAAAUGUUCUAAGCAAUACUUUAGAUGAAAAACAAGUAAGUAAAUAAAUAAGUAAAUUAUGUACUAAUAAUUUAUAUUCUUCUUCUCAAUUAAAAUGCACUGGAGCAGCAGUGUCUUCAUGCUUAAAAUCUUAAUUUAAUAGUAAAUGUACUUAAUGCAACAAUAACAAUGUAUUAACUGAAUUAAAAGAAUGUAAAUCUUCUUGCUCAACUAACUUACGAUUUAUAGCAUCAAAUAAAAUUUGUGUAGGUAAGUGUGAAAGAUAUUUAUUCAAUCUUACUUUUCCAAAUGGUAAAUAGAAUACAAAUUAUUACUGUAAUCCAGCAAUAAAUUGUACAGUUACCGAACUUGAUAUUGGUUAUUACUGUUUGACAAAAGAAUAAUUUUAAACUCCUUAAAAAAUUACUUACUUAAAAGUAAACACUCUUACAACUACAAAAUGCCAUAGUAAAUGUUAUUAUUGUUUUGGACCUCAAGAAUCAAAUUGUUUGAAAUGCUUUUAAAAUUUUUAUUAUAACCCUUAUAUGACAUCUUGUAUUCCAGAUUGCUCUAUAACUUAAAAUAAUAAAUUCAAUUUUAAUAACAAAUAUAAUUGGACUUGUGAAUUAGAAUGUCCAACUUGGUUAUAUACAGAGAAUAAAAAUUGUGUUAAAGAAUGCAGCGUUGGAUAUAAAUUAUUUUAGAACUAAUGCCUGAAAGCAAAUUUAAUUGAUACAUAUGAAGUAGUAUAAGAAAUUCCUGACGAAGUAUCACCCAAAUCAAUUGUUUUACUUUAAUAUUGUCCCUAAUUUUGUAAAUCAUGUACUAGCGAUAAAUUUUGUACUAGUUGUUUAUAUCAGUAUCCAAUGGAUUAGAAUAUGUGUGUUAAGUCAUGUUAUCCUCAAUACUUAGAAAUAAUAGAUAAUGUUAGUUCCUGUAGAACAUCUUGUGAUCCUCAAGAUUUAAUUUAUGAGAAUAACAAUAUUAAUGGAUAUCAGAUUAAUUAAUGCUUUAAGGAGAAAUGUGGUACUAUAAGAGCCAAUAAAGAUUAUUAAACUUUUCUGCAUCAAACUGAUACUCAUCGAUGUAUGUAUCCAUGUGAGGAUGGAUAUUAUGGUAAUACCUUACUCUUAUAAUGUUUACCAUGUAGCCAUACUUGUGCUACUUGUGAAUAAAGUGCUAUCUUCUGCACUUCUUGCCCUUACUUUAAAUUUUUAGAUUAAAAUAAUUGCUAUGACUCUUGCUAAGGUAAGUUUUAAAAUUAUUUGGACUUUGUAUGUGAAGGAUCAUGUUCAUCAGGAUAUUAAGUGAUAGAUCAAUCAUUAAGUAUAUAUGCAUGUGUUUAAAGUUGUGGAUCUAAAUAUCAAACUUUUUAAUAUUCUUUGAAUAAUAGGUGUUAUGAAGAGAUGCCAGAGGUAGGAGCAUAUUGCGAAGGAUUUAAUUGUUAUAAUUGUAAUUAUAAAUGCAAAACAUGCUCGGGUCCAAACUCAAAUUAAUGUUUAAGUUGUAAACCUAAAUCAUAUUUAAAAAACAAUGAAUGUAUUAAAUAGUGCUAUCCAUAAUUUAAUGAUAGUUUAAAUUGGAAAUGUGUUGAUGUAUGCCCAGAUAAAUCUAUAACAACCUUUGGUUCAGAAACAAUUAAUGGUAAUUCUGUAAUAGUUACAUAUUGUUCAGUAACUUGCUUGUUUAAACAAUAUUAAUUCAAAGAAAUUUGCUAUAAUUUGAAACCUUUAGAAACAUACUGUUUAGAUAGAAAAGACUAUUAUUUUUGUGAUAGUUGUGCCUCAGUUUGCAAAGAAUGCCAAAAUGCUUACUCUACAUCAUGUUCAAAAUGUUCCCCAGGUGCUUUUAUACAUGGAACUACUUGCUAUACUGAUUGUCCAAAUAUUGCACCUUAUAAAGAUAAAAUUACAUUACAAUGUGUUUCUAGUUGUACAUAUUUUGCAGAAAAUGGUUAUUGCGUUUAUUAAUGCUCUGAUUAAUAUUACUAAUAUCCCGCCCUAAGAACCUGCUAUUAAAUGGGAUGUCCUAUGGGAACUUAUAAUCUAUAAUAUACAAAAUUAUGUUUAAGCUGUUACCCUGGGUGUGCAACAUGCAAAAACGGAAAUUAUAAUGGAUGUUUGACAUGCUCAGCUGGUUACUUUAUGAAUGGAGGGACAACUUGUAUGAAUUCUUGCAUUAUUGAACCUGAUUUAGUUUAAGAUUGGGUUAACGGUAAAUGCGUUUAAUAGUGCCCUUAAGGAACUUAUAUAAGAACAUUAGAUAGUGGAGCGCUCGCUUGUACUGAAGAUUGCCCCAAAUAUUAUUAUUCUAAUAUUUGUGUUUCUGCAUGCCCUAGCUAAACCUAUUUAGAUAAAUAAAUUUGCAAAAGUUGUGCUGGUCCAUGCUCAGAAUGUUUUGGUGUUAAAAUUAAUGAGUGCACUAAAUGUGAUGUUGGCUAUUAUAGAGAUCAAACAACAUGUUAUUCCGUUUGCCCUGAUUAUAAGCCUUAUGCAAAUUUAGCUGACUAAACAUGCGUGGCAGCAUGUCCAGACUACUUAUAUUUGAAAAAAAAUUAUUGUUUUAGUCCGUGCCCUACAUUUUUAUACUAUUAUGAAUUAGAUGGUAAAAAAGAAUGUGUAGAUAAAUGUUAUUCUAAAUCAUUCUUAUGGUUAGGUAAAUGCUACGAAUGUAAUUCUAUAUGUAAGGAAUGUUUUGGACCAAAUAAUGGUAAUUGCCUUAAUUGCGAACUUCCUUAUUUUUUGAAUGAUUAGACUUGCUAAAAUACUUGUCCUCAGUUUUAUGAUUUAACAGACCAUGUAUGUAAAGAUGCAUGUCCUGUUCAUUUAGUAAUUUAAGGAGUUAAUUGUUAAAAUGAAUGUGAUUCUGGAUAUUUAGUCUAUAAUUAAGUUUGCGUUUAAUAAUGCCCAAAAUUCGCAUAUCUUGUAGAUGAUCACUGUUAUGAUUGCAAUUUAUUUUGUAGUUCUUGUUAUGGACCAACGGCUAAUGAAUGCUAUUCUUGCAUAGAAAAUUAUUUUUUAGAUGAAUAAAGUUGUAAAUCAGUUUGUCCUUUAUAUUAUAAUAAUGAAACUAAUAAAUGCAUGGCAGAUUGUAGUAAUAUGUUUGAAAUAACAGAAAAAAAAGAAUGUGUUUCAUCAUGUCCAUCAAAUUAUAUCAUCUGUUAAUCUAAAUGUGUUUUAGUUCUAUAAGAUGGAUAUUAUUUAGAUGGCAAUUAAUGUUAAUAAUGUGACUCUAAAUGUUCAAAAUGUACUUCAGCAACAGUUUGUUAAGCUUGUGCCAACAAUUUUUAUCUUGAAGUCAAUUCUUGUGUUAGUUUUUGUUCAAAUGAAUAUUUAUUUAUGGAUCCUAUUUCAAGAUCUUGUGUAACUAAAUGUCCUUCUACAUUAUAUCAUUUAGAAUCAUAUGGCAAAAGAUUUUGUGUAGAUGACUGCAAUUAUAUACUUUAAAAUAAAUGUGUGCCAGCAUGCCCAAAAGGAAUGUAUUCAAAAGAUAAAGUUUGCACUAAAUGCCCAUAAUAUUGUGAAGAAUGUGAAUCAUUUACAAAAUGUUCAAAAUGUUUAUUUGGUUAUUAUUUAUAAAAUGGAUAAUGUUAACUCAGUUGUACGAUUGGAAAAACUGAUAGAAAGAAUAUAAAGUGUGUUGAUGAAUGCGAUGCCUCUUUAUUUGAAUAUUAAAAUGAAUGUUUAGAAAAUUGCCCUACUGAUCCAAUUCUAUAUAAUAAUAAAUAGAUAUGUGCUCAUAGUUGCCCAUAAAAAACAUAUUAAAAUUAGUAAGAAUGUAAAGAUUGUAAUUUAUCAUGUGCAUCAUGUAUUGGGCCUUCUGAUUAAGAUUGUAUCACUUGUUCUGAUGGAUAUUAUUUGGAUAAUCAAAUUUGUACAUUAACAUGUCCAUAAUUAUAUGAUGAAGUUAAUAAAUAGUGUGUUCUUACAUGUCCUAAUAAUCUCUACUAAGAUAACAAUAAAUGUGUAGCAAUUUGUGGUAUUUACUAAUACCUUAAAAUCUGUGUUAGUUCCUGUCCACCAUUAACUUAUGUUUAAAAUUCAAAAUGCUAUGAUUGUUCUGAAAAUUGUAAUGAAUGCAAUUCUUUUGGGUGUAUCAAAUGUGCCCUUGGUACAUAUUUAAAUGAUGGCUUAUGUAAUAAUUAUUGCCCUUAUUAUUACAAUAAUGUUAAUAAUGAAUGUGCUUAAUUAUGUCCUAAAGAUAGUUAUUUAUAUAUUGAUCAUUGUUAUUCUCAAUGUCCAUUGAGUACUUUUUAGUAUAAAAAUGACUGUCUUUUAGCAUGUCCAUAAUUAACAGUGUUAUUGAAUAAUUAAUGUCUAUAAUGCCCUGAAAGAUGUUUGAUUUGUAAAAGUGAAUAUGAAUGCUCUAAAUGUGAAAGCCCAUAUUUUUUAUUCAAUGGCUCCUGUGUUAUACAUUGCCCAUUAUAAUUACCAUUUGAAGACAUUACUAAUGGCUAAUGUGUAUCUGCUUGUCCCCCAGAAGCUUAUGAGAAGGGAUAUGAAUGUGUAAAGGAAUGUAAUUUAGUCAUAUACUAAAAAUAAUGCCUGUAAAAAUGUCCUACUGGAUAUUAUGGUAAUGAUUAUUGUAAACCCUGCCGAUUAGAAUGUAAAGCAUGUUCAAGUUUUGAAGUUUGCACAGAAUGUAACGAUAAUUUUUUCCUUGAAUUUAAUUAAUGCGAUACAUUAUGUACAAAAAUUAAGGAUAUAAAAUCUAAAUCCUGUGUCGACACAUGUAAUUUAUUUUUGUAUAAAAAUGUUUGUUACGAAGCUUGUCCUUAAAAAACUUAUGAAAAUAUCAAUGAAUGUGUCUAAAAUUGUAAUGAUGGUUAUUAUGGUUCUUAAGACUAUAAAUGUAAAUAAUGUCCAUAAGAAUGUGGAAGUUGCAUAAAUGCUUUAGAAUGUACUAAAUGUAAUAUUGGAUAUUUUCUUCAUAAUAAAAAAUGUUUGGAUUAAUGUCCAGGAUAAUUUUUUUCUAACCCUGUAAAUAAUGAAUGCUCAACAAAAUGUCCAAUAUAAACAUUUACAUUUUAGAACUCAUGUCUUUUUGAAUGUCCUUCUGAAUAUUUUAACGAUAUGGAUAAUUAUAAAUGUGUAAGCAAUUGUGGAUCUUAAUAAUAUUUAAGUAAAAAGAACUGUUUAAAAUGUGCAAUAGAAUGUGAUUAAUGCACUGGAAGAGGAAACAAUAAUUGUAUCAAAUGCGCAAGCAGUUUUCAAUUAACUGAAGAUGGCCUUUGCAUAGGCAACUGUAAAGAUGAAUAUUAUAAGUCAGAUAAUUCAUGUCAAAAAUGUCUACAUAAAUGUUAAACAUGUGAAAAUGGAACUGAUUGUAUCAAAUGUAGAGGUACAAAUAGAAACACUUAAGAUUGCUCUUGUUAGAAAGGUUAUUAUGAUGAUGAAUUUUAUGAUGAUUGUUAAAAAUGUCCUUGUGAUGAAUGUACUGCUAUUGAUAACUGUCUUAUAUGUAAGAAUAAUCUAUAAGUUCCUAAAUGCUCUUGCGAUAGAAUACUUAAUGAAGAUUGGUGUAUAACUUGUCAAAUAGCAAAGGUUAAUAUCUAUUUCACUGAUGACCUAAAUUAAAUAAUUGUUUAUUUUGGUUAUUUGAUUUCUGUUAAUUUAAUCAAUCCAUUUUAACCUUCAGAUUGUUCUUUAUGGUUUGAUAAUUCAGAAAUUUUUGGUAAAAAUUCCUAAUGCUAUUUAUCAUGGAACAGAUAUGCUGUUCAUAUAAUUUUAAAGCCGUAUGCAUCUGUUAACAUUGGAGACAAGUUAAGUUUUAAAAACUCCUUUUAUAGAGAUAUAGACCAAGGCAUUUGCGAUGGUUAAUUUAUUGAAUAAUUUAUUGAAAAUAAAGUAAAAGAACCUUAAAAUUUGUAAAAACCUUAUAUCCUAUUUGAUAUCCCUUCAUUUGUUAGUACAUGCAAAAUUAUAUUUAUCAAAUAAAUCCUACUACAUGGUACUGGUUAAAAAAUCUAGAAUGUAUUGUCUUGGACUCUUAAAGAAAUGGAAGAUGAAGAAUAAUAUCUACAAAUGGAUGCAUUUUUAGCAAAUCAAUAAAAUGAAAUUACAAUUCCAAUUGGAACAUUGUAACCAAAUGUCACAUAUACAAUCACAGCUAAAUAUGUUAAUUUCUUGCAAAGAGUCAAUUUUACUACUUUUACAUUUACAACCCUUCCAAUUUAAGCUCCUUAUGUGUUUUUAUCAUAUGAACCUCUGAUUGCAAGAGUUUAUGUAUUUGAUUGUCAUGUCUCUUACUCAGAUUUGAAAAAUGAAUUCAAUGUUGCUAUUGAAAUAACAGGUAGUAAUAACGAAUCAUAUAUUUCGUUAAGUUAGUAAAUUAAUCCUAUAUAUGAAAUUCCUCUAAAUGAGUCUCUUCUUCCUAAAGAAACUCCAUUAUUAUUUACUGCCUCAACUGGUAGUUCGAUAAUAAAAGAAACUAUUAAUCUAAAAUCUAAAAUAAUUGAUAUUAAAUUUUUAUAAAAAAAUAGAUUUAUAGGUUUGGAUAAUUAAAUUAAUGCAAGAGGUUUCGAUAGAAAUAUAGAGGACGAAGUUUUGAGUACUAUAGGGAUUACUUAUGAAUGGCAAUGCAACAACUUAAAUAAUUUAUAACCUUGUAAAACUGAUGAAAACUAAAUUAUGCAAUUCCCUUCAAGAAGAAUAGUCAAUAUCUUUGCUGAUAGUUAGAAUACAACUUUAGUUUUCUUUGCAAAAGCAUCUAAAGGUGACAGAUGGACUGUAAAAGAAUAGUUGAUAGUUAUCACAGAUUUUAACAUCGAAGAAGAAUUUUAUAUAAAUAAUGAAGAUCCAUAAAAUUAUAUUAAUGCAAAUGAUGAAGUGACAAUCUUAUUAAAAAAAUAAUAAAAGUAUGCUUUUAUUAUUCAAUAACAUAAAAUUUUGUAGUCUAUGAAAAUAUCUGGUUUAUCUUUAAAAUUUAGAUUAGCUGGCUUAACUACUGAUUUUAAAAGUCCUGUCUACAUUUAUUUGGUACCAGGUAAUGAAUCUAUAGCUUUCAAACUGAACGAAUCUCCUCAAAAAGUUUUUUUGUAAAUAGAGCCAUUAAUAGGAGAAUCUCUAGAUUAUUUUAAUUACACUCUUUCCAAUCUUUAAGCUGGAAAUUCAGUAAGUUUCUAUUAUUAUUUUGAAAAUUCCAUUCUUGAAAAUGAUGUAAAUGCAUAAUCUAUAAUUAAUGGAAUACCAUUAAUUACAAACUCUAAAGAAACAUCUGGAUCAUUUUAGCUACCAAAUGGAAUCACAAAUAAUUCAAUUUCAGUUUUAUGUGAGAUAUCAUCCAAUUAUGGGGCUAAAUCUUAUUUGAAAUAAGAUGUUUAUGUGGUUAGGAAAAAUUAUGAGAUGUAAUAAUUGUACCAAUCAUUCACUAAUAAAACAAAUUUAGAAGAUUUAUAAAGUCUUCAUACUAUGAUUGCCCUUAUCUAAUUAGAAGAAUAGUAGGUUUGCUUGAAAUAAUGCUCAGGGGUUGGGUCAUGUGUAAAUAAGAAAUGUUAAUGUCCACCAGGAUAUUAUUUUCCUGAUUGUAGUGGAAAUUAAGAAUAAUAAAUAUAAUUCAAUAAAUUUAUGACUGAUGUAAUGUAAUAAUUAAUCAAAACGCCAAUAAAAAAUAACAACGACAUGAAAUUAUUUAGUCAAUCUCUUUACUUUUUAACAUAAUUUAGUUCUAAUAAUACAAUAAGUUUAGAAGAUUGCUCAAUUAUAUUACAAUCAUAUAUUUAGAAUACAAAUUCUAGAUUAGAAUAGAUUAAUUAAUAUUCAAUAAAUUUACAAUAUUAAUCAACAGAUGAUUUUAAUUAUUCAUAAAUAGACAUUCGCUCUUUAAUAAAUAAACAAGAUUUACACACAGCCCUUAAAAGCACAGUUUUUAUGUGGGAAAAGACUUUGUUUACCUCAGGCUCAAAUGUCUAUUAGUUAUAAAAUCAUCUAAAUAAUUUCAUCAAUAAUAUCAUUGAGUUAACUAUCUUUGCUUUAAGCCCUGAUGAAAAAAUAGAUUUUUCAAUAGAUACUGCAUCUAUAACAAUUUAAAAAUCCAAAACUCUCACUUAUAAUUCUAGUAGAAUUUUAUAAGAAAUCAAUAAUGAGAAUUCAACUAUUUAUGAUAUAGUUUAGGCGAUUUACAUUAGGAACUUUUAUGCUUUUGAUGGUUAUUUCCCAUAUCCAUAGUAAAUUUAUCCAUUAUAUGUAUAUUAAAUCAGAUAUUCAAACCGAAAAGAAAAAAUUGACUUAAAUUAACCUAUCUCAUAUCAAUUUGGAAUUCAAAAUGAUACUACAAACUUAGUUUGUUUAUAAAGAAAUUCUAAGACUUAUGAAUGGUUUGAUUAAGAUUGCACAAUCUCUGAAAUAAAUUCAACUUACUAUUGUAAUUGUACUUCUCUCUCUCCUACAACUAUUUGUAAUGACUAUAAUUUUCUUUAUUAAGGUACUUAAGGAUUCCGAAUUAAUAUUCCAAAUAUUUUUUAUAUCAUUUACAUUUUUUAAUUAAUAAUAUUAGGAAUUUUUGUUAGCAAAUCAAAAAUGUAAGAGAAUGAAUAAUAAACUGAAAAUACUAAAUUUGGCCGUGUUUUUUAAUUAGCAAAAAAUAGAAAAAAGAAGAUAAUUAAUACCUAAGUUUAUCCUGUUGAACAAGAAAAAGACACUCGAGAAUUAAUAACAAAGCCAUAAAUAAGCAAUUAAGAUGGCAAAAAUGAUAAGUUUCAUUUUAAUCAUUUCUGGGUACUCAAUUUUAGCUUAUCCUUAGAAAUACCAUUGCUUAACAUAGUUAAUAUUUAAAUAAUAAAUUUACUUAAGCCCAUUCAUGAGAUCUCUUUUAAUAUUAUUAAGAUGGAAUUCAGCAGUGAUUAUUGCAGAAGUUUUAUGUUUAUUUUAAUUUGAUUACGAAGUUUCAAUUUGGAUUAUACUUGCAUCAAUUAUAAUAAUGAGACUUAGUGAAAAUUUCCUUAAAGUAUAUAUGAUUCUUAUUUUUAGAAAUAAAUAAAAUAUGUUUUUAUCAUGAAACAAAUUAUUGUGGUUAUAAUCAUCAAAAUCCUAAUAUUAUUACUUUUGGUAUUCACAAUAUUAUGUGAAUUAUAUUUUUAUUUAAUGAUAGAAAACUAAACAAAUUUUGUAUUUUUAUUUAUUAAAUUUAGAUAUUAUCUUAUUGUAGUGCAAUAUUAAUUGAUAUCCUUUUACUUGAUAUAAUAAUUUUUAGCUCUAAAAGAUUUUUAGGGGAAAAUAAGAAGAAAAACAUAAGAAAAAAGAUCAAAGAGCUAAAAUAGCUUGCAAAAAUUCAAUAGUAGAAUGAGUGA